AUCAAUCUGGUUGACCGUUUGAGACAACCCGAUCAAACCAGCCAGGUCAUGGCUGGCCGUUCCACCCAGUUCACUCCGCCGCCUUCCCCGCCUUCUCCAUCAGCAUCGUUCUAUGAUAUCAGCGACGACGAAGAGGGCGAGUACAACACCAUCACCCAUACAAAGACGGGGAAGGGGGUCAAGCUGUUGUUCUCUAAGAGCAAGGUCUACGUACACCCUACUCCCUCAUCGAAAGACAACAUACCGGGGUUUAUAGCCCUGAUUCAGCAGAAGCCCUCUCCAACCGACGAUGGGAAUAGACCUAGUUCGUCAUCCUCUUCAACAUCUUUCAGUGCCGCUUCAUAUCUUCUCGCCUGGGUCCCCGAAUCGUCUUUGGGGGAUGCCUACAACACAUAUGUAAAGGUCGAUCUUUCAGAUAGCUCAUCUCCUCCGCGCCAGUCAUAUCUUGUGCCACCGUUGCCAACCACGACGUCUCAUGGCGAUUCCAUCGGUUUAUAUGCUUUUGCUAUCCCCUUGACCCAGAUAUACUCGCUGUUGGUACGCCCGCCAAGUCUGGGUUGGUGGUUUGGAAGCGUUGUUAUAAAUACAAAGGCCGGGGAUAGCUCUCCGGCUCUAUUUUUCCAUGACAGUGAAUGUGAAUCAACCAUUCUGCAGAAAAAGAAGAAAACAAAGGAAAGCUUUGACCCAUUUGAAGAUGGUCACAUGUUUUGGGGAGGCGACGAGGUUCUGAGAUGGUUGAAAAGAUAUGUGGAGGUCUACCGCUCAGGCGUGGAUCCAAAUGUCUAUCUCAUUAACCCAUCAGAAGAAGACAAGACCUCAUUUGGAAAUUUGUCUGGAAUAGACAAGGCGUCCCGGCCUCCUGGAUGUACUCAAACGGCUCCCAAGCCACAAAGCGACGCAGGAAUGGACCCAAUCACCAAAGCUUUAAAAGAAACGAGAUGGAAGGUUUUGGAACAAUUCAGCAAAAUCACCACGUUCACUAGACGGACGGCGCAGGAUCUAGCCGAAAACCCCAGGGUACCACCGCAGGUGAGGCGACUCAUGAGAAAUCCAGAAAUCCAGACACUUCAGGAUGAAUUCGACAGUGCCAGAUUAUAUCUUGCUAGGUGGGCCAUGGGCAUCGCGGAACAGAGCGAGCGUGAGAGAAAUCAGCGAAUAUGGACUGCAAAGGACGUAUUAGCCAUGGAAGAUAGCUCUGUUGGCGAAUUUGAAAUAUUGAAUAUGGAAGCAGCAAAGAUGACAAUAAGCGAGAGGCGGAAGACUGUUACAAAGGAAGAAUGGAACAGCUGGUUCGACUCGAUUACUGGGCGGCUGCAGAUUACCCCUGAUGAGGCGAAAGAGCGCAUCUUCCAUGGUGGACUUGAUCCCAACGAUGGAGUGCGAAAGGAAGCUUGGCUAUUCCUACUCGGAGUAUACUCGUGGGAUAGCAGCGAAGAUGAACGAAAGGCGAUGAUGAAUUCGAAAAGGGAUGAAUAUGUGCGACUUAAAGGAGGCUGGUGGGAACGCAUGAUCGAAAGUACCUCGACAGCAGAGGAUUAUGAAUGGUGGAAGGAGCAAAAGAAUCGAAUAGAGAAAGAUGUUCAUCGCACGGACCGUACUAUACCGCUCUUUGCGGGAGAGGACAUUCCUCACCCAGACCCAGACUCUCCAUUUGCAGAGACAGGAACAAACGUCCAUUUAGAACAGAUGAAAGACAUGCUUCUUACGUACAACGAAUAUAACCGCCACCUGGGUUAUGUUCAAGGAAUGAGUGAUCUCCUUGCACCGAUAUAUGCUGUCAUGCAAGACGAUGCUGUGGCAUUUUGGGGCUUUGUCGGCUUCAUGGAUAGAAUGGAGCGGAAUUUCCUUCGCGAUCAAUCUGGUAUGCGGGAGCAGCUGCUUACUCUCGACCAACUUGUCCAACUCAUGGACCCACAGCUUUACAUCCACCUCCAAAAGACAGAUAGCACGAAUUUCUUUUUCUUCUUCCGCAUGUUCCUUGUAUGGUUCAAGCGAGAGUUUGAGUGGGUAGAUGUCUUACGGCUGUGGGAAGCCCUCUGGACGGAUUAUUUGUCCAGCAGCUUUCAUAUUUUCGUUGCACUCGCUAUAUUAGACAAACACCGGGAUAUCAUCAUUGCUCACCUGCAACACUUCGACGAAAUCUUGAAAUACGUAAACGAGCUCUCUAACACAAUAGACCUAAUACCCAUCCUAAGUAGAGCAGAAGCACUUUUUUACCGCUUCCAGAAAAAAGUCGAGACCAUCGAUAAGAAAUACAAUUUUCCCAGCGCACCUGUGCGUCAACGCAAGCCUAUUGCGUUCGGGUCCGCCAGGGCAUCCCAAUCGCAAUCCCCCCCAUCACAGCAAUCUAACCCUUCACAGCGCUCACCAUCAGCCCCGCAAGUGAUUUCCGCCAGCGGUGUCCAGGGCCUUUCCAGGCGUGAUUCCAGCAAUCGACAGUCCCCAAGCGCCAGCGAUGAUACUGUCCAAGUUAUCUCACCGCUGCUUCGGAAGCUGUUGGGUAAAGAAGUGUCGCGUCUCGAGAGAGGUGAACGCAGCUCUGGGCAAUAG